AUGGGUUUUGAAGGGUUCUAUGACAUGCAUUCUAGUCCAUUGAAACGUGAAGAAAUUUAUGAUUAUAAGUCACGAGGAACAUACAUGUGCAAUCUCUCAGGUUUAACAUCACCUACAACUUCAGAACAAUGUUCAUCUAUUGGAAGCAGUUUUCGUACGGAACAAUGUAACAGUAGUACUUCAAGUAAUGAAUAUGAAAGUUUACUCGAUUUAGAUUUUAUCCUUGAGAAUAGCGCUACACAGAAAACAAUGGACGUAUCUAAUAAUAUAUGUAAUUGUACUUAUCCUAAUUCUGUUAUGAAUGUGAAUUAUUCUUUUGCUAAAUCACCGGUAUCUCAAUUACGACCUGUUUACUCAGAUGUAGUUUGUUCUCACAAUCCUACUUCUUUUAAAAAUUCAAAUACAAAAUAUUAUUAUGAUCUUGGUUCAAAUAAUUCGCCAAUCGAAAUAAAACAAGAGCCUAUUUUCCCUGAAAAUUCUGAAUAUAAACAUUGUUCAGAAAUUAAUCAAAAUAAUUCAUAUAACUGGACUACAAAUGUACCGAACAAUUGUACCUAUAAUUCAAGUUGUAAUGGAGUACUAGAUACAGGGCAUUAUAUUCAGACUACCAAUGAUUCAAGAACUGGCGAAUUACAAUCACAGCAUUCAACAUCUUCUCUUGCUUAUAUGCCGUCAGUUAUUCCAACAACAGAUAUGCCACCAGUAGAUCCAUACCAAAAUUGUCAAUCAAGUCUACAAAAUCAAGAACAAUCUUCUUUACGGUUUUAUCCUAAUGUUACAAAUCUUACUAACUCUGUCAAUGGUAAUAUUAUGACUGAAAACAAUAUCGCAUCGGUUUAUCUACCACAGAAUAAUCGAGUUGAUCAUUCUCAACUACAUCCUUUGCCUCCGACUUGUUCCGUUAUAAAUACAAUAAAUGAUAAUAGUACAGUACAUAAUGUCAAUACAAUACAAGACUAUCAUAGUGGAACGCAAAAUGCAAAUUAUUAUAUGAAUAUGUAUAAAGUUGAUGAUACAAAUCUUCCAGUGAAUACAACCUUUCGAGUAUUAGCACCAAGAACUGUAUCACCUAGUCAAAAUCUUGGCUUUGGAUCAUUAAAUACUACAUGUGAUAACACUGUUUACCGGAACUCUUCAUUAGUUUCUACCCACAUUAACAAUAUUGGUAGAAAUAAAGGUCCAGUUAUGGAAUUAGGAAUGGAAUCUCAUACAGAUAUAAUUGGAUGUAAUAUGCCGGGGUCUGGGGAAGUUUCACUAAUACCUAUGCGUCGAACACGUACAAACAAAACUAAAGGUGAUGCUUCAACUAAGGGCACUGUGGGUAAUUCUAGUGGUAGAACUAAAAAGUCGAUAGCUUUAAUUCAUACUUGUCCUUUUAGCACGUGUGCAAAAGCAUAUUCUAAGAGUUCACAUCUGAAAGCUCAUAUGCGUGUACACACAGGGGAAAAGCCUUUCCCAUGUGAUUGGCCUGGUUGCGCUUGGAGAUUUGCUCGAUCAGAUGAAUUAACCCGUCAUUACAGGAAACAUACUGGUGAUCGACCAUUUCAAUGUAGAACAUGUCAUCGGGCUUUUGCACGCAGUGAUCAUCUUACUUUACAUAUGAAGAAACACCAAAGUGGUAACUAA